AGGUAGCAGAGAAUGGUCGCGGUCGAGUAGAGAAGGGGACGAGGACGAAACGGCGCUGAUAUGGGCUGCGCUGCAGAGACUCCCGACGUAUGCGCGUAUAAGGAAAGGCGUGCAGUAUUCGGAAGAGAAAGGUGACGCCAGAGAGGUUGAUGUGAUGAAUAUUGGAUUAGCAGACUCUAAAAAACUAGUUGAUAGACUGCUCAACACUGCACACCAAGACAAUGAGCUCUUUCUGCUCAACAUCAAACGUCGCAUCGACAGGGUUGGGAUUCAUCUUCCGACUGUUGAAGUUCGUUUCGAGGAGCUUAGCAUUGAUGCUCUAACUUAUGUGGGCACCCGAGCACUCCCAACACUACGGAACUUCGCUGCUAACAUCGUACAGGGUUUAUUGACAAAGCUACAUAUUCUACCAAGUCGAAAGAAACCACUAUCAGUUCUUCAUGAUCUGAAUGGCAUCAUCAGAGCUGGAAGAAUGACUCUACUUUUAGGACCACCGAGUUCUGGAAAAACAACGUUGCUCACAGCACUAGCAGGAAAACUUGAUCAAGAAUUACAAUUAAGGGGGAAAGUAACGUACAACGGUCACGGGAUGGAGGAGUUCAUACCACAACGAACAUCAGCUUAUAUAGGACAGCAAGACAUUCACUUGGGAGAAUUGACAGUCAGAGAAACGCUAGCUUACUCUGCUCGCUGUCAAGGAGUUGGAACUUCUUAUGAAAUGCUAGCUGAAUUACUGAGGAGGGAGAAAGAGGCUAACAUCAAACCAGAUCCUGAUCUUGACAUUUUCAUGAAGGCGGCCUCGAUUCAGGGGCAGGAGGUCAGUAUAAUGACAAAUUAUAUUAUGAAGAUAUUGGGAUUAGAUAUUUGUGCUGACACCAUGAUUGGAAACGAAUUGUUUCGAGGGAUAUCCGGAGGGGAGAAGAAAAGAGUGACAAUAGGUGAAAUGCUGGUUGGACCAGCAAGAGCUUUAUUCAUGGAUGAGAUAUCAACUGGUUUGGACAGUUCGACCACCUUUCAAAUCGUGAACUCAGUAAAACAAUCCGUCCACAUUCUUGGAGGAACCGCCGUCAUUUCACUGCUGCAGCCUGCACCCGAGACUUACCAACUCUUUGACGACAUCAUUCUCUUGUCUGACGGGAGAAUAGUGUACCAAGGCCCUCAACAGAACGUUCUAGAAUUUUUCGAGAGCUUGGGCUUCAGAUGUCCCGACAGAAAAGGAAUUGCAGACUUUCUUCAGCAAGUAACAUCAAGGAAAGAUCAAGAGCAGUAUUGGGCACGUAGAGACCAGCCUUACAGUUUUGUCUCUGCAGAUCAAUUUUCCGAAGCAUUUUGGUCGUUUCACGUUGGAACACAGAUGAGGGACGACUUAUCCAUCCCUUUCGACAAGGCUAAGAGCCAUCCUGCAGCUCUAACUACUGACAAAUACGGCCUCACCAAAAUCCAAGUUUUGAAAGCUAAUGUUUCUCGAGAAUUUCUCAUUAUGAAGAGAAAUUCACCUGUUUACAUAUUCAGAAUACUUCAGCUUGCUGUGAUGGCGGCAAUAACGUCGACGAUAUUUUUAAGGACAGAAAUGCACAAGAAAACAGAAGCAGACGGUGGGAUUUACUUAGCCGCUCUGUACUUCACACUGAUUGUAGUAAUGUUCAAUGGAUUUUCAGACAUGGCACUGAGUAUACUGAGGCUUCCUGUGUUGUACAAGCAACGUGAUCUUGGGUUUUUUCCGGUGUGGUCCUACUCUCUACCUGCUUGGAUCUUGAGGAUUCCCAUUUCCUUUCUUGAUGUUGCCAUUUGGGCUGCUGCUACUUAUUACAGCAUUGGAUUUCAAUCUGAUGUUACUAGAUUUUUUAAGUACUGGUUGGUUCUGUUAUGGGCGAACCAGAUGGCUUCUGCGAUGUUUAGAUUGAUGGGGUCAAUCGCAAGAAACAUGACUAUUGCCAAUUCAUUCGGAACCUGCUCCUUAGUUACUGUUUUCGUUUUGGGCGGGUUUAUAGUGUCAAGAGAUAAAAUCAAUAAAUGGUGGAUAUGGGGCUACUGGUCGUCACCAAUGAUGUACGGGCAGAAUGCUAUAGCAGUGAAUGAAUUUCUUGGAAAGAGUUGGAGUCAUGUUAGCUCAAGCUCCGGGGAGGCAUUAGGCGUGACAAUCUUAAAGUCACGCGGGCUUUUCCCAGAAGUAUAUUGGUAUUGGAUCGGAGUUGGAGCUCUUGUUGGAUAUGUUUUUCUAUUCAAUUUCUUGGACACAAUGGCUCUCAUGUAUCUUAACCCUUUUGGGAAACCUCAACCAGUUUUGUCUGAACAAACAUUAGCAGAAAGGAAUGCAAAAGUUGCAUGGAAUAAACAUAAUCAACCAUCAUCAGCUGGGAAUAGCCACGCGGAUCAAAAUAGCGUACCAGUGGAAGGCGGCAGCAAUGGCCUAGGUGUCAAGGCAAAUUCUGUUAGAAAGAGAGGCAUGGUCUUACCAUUUCAGCCUCAUUCAAUUACUUUUGAAGAUAUCCGCUACUUAGUCGAUAUGCCACAGGAAAUGAAAGCUCAUGGCGUUGAAGAGGAUAAACUGGAGCUUCUCAAAGGCAUAAAUGGCGCUUUCAGACCAGGUGUAUUGACAGCUCUGAUGGGAAUUACAGGAGCCGGUAAGACCACGUUACUGGACGUGUUAUCGGGGAGGAAGACAACAGGUUAUAUCAGCGGAACAAUCACCAUAUCUGGGUAUCCAAAGAAGCAACAAACAUUUGCCAGAAUUUCAGGCUACUGCGAGCAAACUGACAUUCACUCUCCUCAUCUUACCAUAUAUGAGUCCUUGUUGUAUUCCGCCUGGCUUCGUUUGCCACCUGAGGUCCAAUCUGCAACUCGAAAGAUGUUCAUAGAAGAAGUUAUGGAGCUGGUUGAGCUUACUGAAAUAAGGGGUGGGAUAGUAGGGUUGCACGGUUUAAAUGGUCUUUCGCCUGAGCAACGGAAAAGGCUAACCGUGGCAGUGGAGCUGGUGGCCAACCCUUCCAUCAUCUUCAUGGACGAGCCAACAUCAGGGCUUGAUGCUAGAGCUGCUGCCAUAGUUAUGAGAGCUGUUAGAAACACAGUGGAUACAGGAAGAACUGUCGUAUGCACCAUUCAUCAACCAAGCAUCGACCUUUUUGAUUCGUUUGAUGAGUUGAUGCUGCUGAAACGGGGAGGCGAAGAGAUCUUUGUAGGUCCAUUGGGGCGGCAUAGUUCUCAACUAAUCCAAUAUUUUGAGGGAAUUGAUGGAGUUGCAAAGAUAAAAGAUGGUUACAACCCCGCUACAUGGAUGUUGGAGGUAACUUCAAUAGCUCAAGAAGCUGCUUUAGGAGUUGAUUUUGCUCAACUCUACAAGAGCUCAGAACUGUACAGGAGAAAUAAAGCAUUGAUCGCAGAGCUGAACAAACCGGUCCCAGGUUCAAAAGAUGUACAUUUCAGUGGUCGUUAUUCACAAACAUUCUUCAACCAAUGCAAGGCAUGCCUGUGGAAACAGCACCUCUCAUACUCGAGGAAUCCGCCUUACAUUGCUGUCAGAAUUAUAUUCACAACGUUCAUCGCCCUAAUGCUCGGGACCAUAUUUUGGGAUCUUGGCUCCAAAAGGACAAAGACAUUAGACAUCUUCAACGCUAUGGGAUCUAUGUAUGCUGCCGUUCUAUUUCUUGGAGUACAGAAUGCAUCAUCAGUGCAGCCAGUUGUCGCCAUAGAAAGAACUGUAUUUUACAGGGAAAGAGCAGCCGGAAUGUAUUCAGCUGUACCUUAUGCUUUCGGACAGGUCUGA